AUGAAGAUGCAUCUACAAACGGACCUGUCGUGUGAGAUCUCAUACAAGAGCUGUGAGGAGAAGGUGCAGAUCUCACAGGAGGCUGAGAUGCUGUACUAUGAACUCAUCAGGGCUUUAGAAGAAGAGGAAACGCUGACACAUCAAGUUUACUAA